ACGUAAAAUUAACAUCGAAUGUUUUCAAUGUUUUUAUUUGAGAUAAAGGGUAUUUAACUUCAUUCAGUGGCAAUCUUCCAUUUAAUAAUCACUAACUACUUUCACAUACACAUAGCUUAGAGUUAGCGUGAAAAUAAUCUACUGAUACGUCUUACAUGGUGAAAAUGAUUUACUUUAUCAAACAAAUCACUGUUUGACUCUACAAACUUUUGGCAUAAUUAAAGAAACCGACUAGUAAUGACUAUAUUGAUACCAGGUAAUGCAUAAAACCAUGUUAAAUCAAUUAGUUCAUUUGAAAUCCGCUAAACCAGUAUGCAUUAUUCUUGUAUUGACCGUACUUCUCUCAUUGAAUUUAAUCAAGCAGAAAGUACUUACAUUUAACAGACUAUACAAGAGAAAAAACUAAAAAAGAAAAAAAAAAAAUACAACCCGGAAAAGGAAAACCAACGAGGCUCUUUACUUUUGACAGGCACCGAAGCGUGUGGCGGGGUUAAAGUAGUUUUCUAUUGCCCCUCCUCCUUUUCUAACGUGAAAGACGUGCGGUAAAGAUAGAAAAAAAAUGUGCGAAAAGAAAAAGUUGACAUUAUUUAAACUAAGUGUAAAUAAAAUAGCGAUACAAAUAUUUGAAUGUUUACUUUAAACAAAACACGUUAUUAAUAAUGCAUGAUUACCUAACACAAUAAAGUACAACCUGGCGGUCCAUGUAAUUUAAACUUUCUUUAUGUACAUGUUUAACUUUGUAUUUUCAUGUUGAACACCAACACUUGUUUGAUUUUGGAAUAUGUUGCGAUAUUUCAAGGACCCUCAAUCUCCUAAUGUGCAAGUUGCGGACGGGCUCGCCCAAACUGUUGCGUUAUGCCAGCUAUGUGACAAAAAUCCAAUCAAAUGGAAGUGUGUUGAUUGCUCCGAAUUACUUUGUGUUGAUUGCAAGAAAAUUCACGAACGCGGUAAAGCCACACGGAACCAUCAAAUAUCUGCCGUCAAAGAUCUUAACGAAGAAAUUCUUGAGAAUUCGGUUUUCAAUUUGGAGUGCACUUUACAUCAUUAUGCAUGCUCCAUGUACUGUGUCACGUGUAAUCAGUGUGCUUGCGCAAACUGUGUUACUGACAAUCAUUCCGGACAUACAUUCCAAGAUCUGAAAGCACUGUUAGUCAAGAAGAGGAAAGAAUUAAAAACAGUUCUUAACGAUUUAGAAUCAAGGUUUAUCCCAGAAACCCAACAGAGAAUUGACUCUUUACCGGCGCAUAUUCGCGCGCACGAAAAAAACAUAGAAGGUUUAAAAUUACAAAUGGAAAAGAGAGCAAGUUCGAUAAAAUUAGCUGUAGAUGAAUGCUUAAAACACCACUAUGCAGAGCUUUAUAGAUAUUCGGAGGACAGAAUAAACAAGUUCUCAGGACAUAAAGUCAACUUAUCACAACAAAUGAAAGAACUGAAAGAAAGCCAAAUAAAAUUGAGAAAACUUAUUCAGCCGAAUAGUUCUUCUGAUGUCGCAAUCCUACUAACGUCCACAAUUAAUAUACGACCACCGGAAGCUACCGAAAUAGCACAUGUCGAGUUUUCGUCUGGAAAUCUGACCGAGAAUGAUAUACAGCGGGAAUUCGGAUCGCUCGGAUUUAGUAGAAGGAUUGAAAGACAGCAAACGUUCAAUGUCGAAAGUACUAAUGCUACACCCAAAAUUGAUAAUCCGGUCCUGAAUGCAGUUCAACAAACUGAUGACGUUGUGCAAAUUAACGUUCCACGAAUUGACAAUGUAGUUAAGUCGUCAAGGUUAACUAAUGGACUAGAGCUCAAAACCUUAAAUACAAGUUUGUCUUCUGUUACAUCGAUUUGUGUAUCUAAAAACGAUACAUUAUGGGUAGGCUGUGCAUGUAGCAGGCGAUUAGAACUUAUCAAUAACAGUGAACGCGCUCGAGAUUUGCCACCUGUUAUGACAAAUGUUUUAGGAUUCUCUUUGGCCGGGAAUGGUGAUCUUUUCAUUACGGACUUUGAUAAUUGUAAAUUGCGCAGACGUGAAUAUCCUUCAGGAAAAUUGACACUGGUUAAGGAUUUUAAACCUCAAAAUCCGGUUUCUGUUUACGCUGAUCUGCAGGAAAAUUGCAGUAUGAUCUAUGUCGGCCUUAUUGACUCCGCCCGAAAAUUGACCGACGACUACAAAAAUAUUAAAGGAAGUGUUGUGAUGAUUUCUUCGAACGGUGAAGUGAAAAACACGUUUGGAAAUGGUCAGCCAAUAGAGUUUACUGUGCCCAACAGAAUUACUGUCAGUGUGUGUUCUAACAGUUUACUGGUGAUAGACUCUACCACACCAGAGAGUGGGCGGAUAAUAUCUCUUUCGAAAUCUGGCAACAUACAAUUUACCUACAACCCAAUCCAGAACAACACGUUGAACUUGUUCAAUCCAACAGACCUUAUCUGUACGUUACAUGGGCAGAUUUUUAUCUGUGAUGUUGGCAAUGACCUUCUACAUAUCCUUGAUCAUAACGGUCUACUCGACCACUACAUUGAUACAAAGUCUUGUGGAAUAGAACGUCCAUGGAGUUUGGCUUUGUAUGGUGACCGAACUCUUUUUAUCGGAACUUUUACUUACAAAGGAAGAAAAAGGUCAAAGGAAACACAGAAAGGGGUGGUAUAUAUAGUUACGGACUUUAAUAGUAAUGGAUAAAGUUAAACCUUAGGACUAGAAAUAUAGUAUGCAUUUCAAUUCAUUUAUUUUCAAGAAAAAUGUUUAACUUCGCAAUAUGUAUGUACGUUUCGAUAAUAAAUUUUAUCAGCC